AUGGUGGGAAAGCUGUGGGACACGAAGCUGCGGCAGAGCCUCUUUGGAAACACCAUCCACAUCUUCAGCUAUGACUGGAACAAGGCCUAUUUCAAGUUCCACAGUCCUUUCUCUGACCUUGCGUUUGCUUUGGAAGUGGCAAAGGGAGGCCCCCGGAGCAUUCAGAUGGCUGUACAAGGGUCCAUCAUCAAACAUCUCUUGUUUACCAGGAAGGACAGAGACUGCCACCUUCGCAGUUUACAGGACCUGAGCAGGCAGCAGCAGGAGCAAGCCCUGGCCACGGUGCUGACUGACAUCCUGUGGGUCUCAGGAGCCACUCAGAARGCCGUUGUCUGCCUGGUUACCGAGGACACCUAUGUUGACUGGACUCCUGACUACUCCAGGGACAACUUCACCGAGAGGCUCCAGCUGUUUGAAUUUUCAGAGAAGGAAGCGGCUGAGAAAUUCAUCCGGGAUCACUUGGAGAGUCCCCCACCCCGGGGAGGGCGGGAGCACAGACCAGGAGGCAGCAGGAGGAGAGGGAAGGGGCCUCUCAAAGACUCCGCAGAGAAAGAAACGAAAGCCGAUUUCCUGAAGAAUCAGAGACCUACCGUGUGCGGGAAGCAGGGAGUCAGCAGGACAGCAAUGGAGCCCGAGGCCUKUCGGUUCAAAGGGGAAGGGAGUCACGGCAUUGUGCUGUUCCUUUAUAGCCUGAUCUUGUCCAGGACGUUCGAGAGGCUUCAGGAGGACCUGGACUCAACCACCCCACACCUGUUACAGCCCAGCGCUGRAGGCUUCCUGUGCAGGCAGGCCAUUCUGAACAUGAUUCUCACUGGAAGAGCAAGUCCCAACGUGUUCAACGGUUGUGAGAAAGGGGAGGCUCAGGAACUGCUGCACGGAGUCCUGGCCCGCAGUGACGUUGGCUACCUGCAGUGGGGUCAGGACGCCUCCCAGGAUGACAGACUCUCACAGGUGGGCAGCAUGCUGAAGACCCCCAGAUUCCCCAUCUGGCUGUGUAACAUCAAUGGAAACUGCAGCGUCCUUUUUUGCACAAACAGGCAGCUCUUAUCAGACUGGAAAAUGGAGCGUGUCUUUGAUCUGUACCUCUACAGUGGUCAGCGCUCGCAGAGGAGGCCCUCGCAUCUUACCGUAGAUACACACUCCCAUCACUGGGAGAGGGGCGGACGUGAAGACGGACACAGACCCGGAAGACGGUUCUCUCCCCUGGAGAUGGCAAUCAGAACCAAGUGGAGAGAGGCCACCAUCACCUGGAAUGGGACUGGUCCCUUUUUCUAA